AUGGACCAACCCAGAUUCGUAAUUGAAGCAUCCGAGGCCGAAUCAAUGGCCAAGCGAUCCAACCUCACCGUCCUCCAGCUCCUCCCCUCCUUAGUCAAACCCGCCCAGGCCCUCGCCCGCCCGCCCAUCUCCAAAUUCCACGUCGGAGCCAUCGGAUACGGGUCUUCGGGUCGGAUCUUCUUCGGCGGCAACCUCGAGUUCCCGGGUCUCCCGCUCCACUACUCCAUCCACGCCGAGCAGUUCCUCGUCACCAACCUCUCAAUCCACAACGAGUCCAAACUCGAAUACGUCGCCGUUUCGGCGGCUCCCUGCGGCCAUUGCCGUCAGUUCCUCCAAGAAAUCCGCGGAGCCCAGGAUAUCAAGAUUCUAAUCACCUCGGCCGAGUCCGGAGACGACAAUUCCGGAUUAAACCGGUUUGACCCGCUUCUCCAUUUGCUCCCCCACCGGUUCGGACCCGAAGACCUUCUCGGAGGAGACGUGCCGUUGCUUUUAGAACACCACCACAACGGGCUGUCGUUUUUGGGCGAAACCGAGAUUUUAACCAACGAUUUAAAACUGAAUGCGGAGUUAAAAGUCGCGGCUUUAGAGGCCGCGAACAAGUCUUAUGCUCCGUACAGUGGGUGCCCAUCUGGUGUGGCUAUUUUGGACUGUGAUGGGAAUGUGUACAAAGGGUCGUACAUGGAGUCCGCAGCUUAUAAUCCGAGCAUGGGCCCGGUUCAAUCGGCUCUGGUGGCUUACAUUGUUGGUGGGGGUGCUGGGUAUGAGAAAAUUGUAGGUGCGGUUUUGGUGGAAAAAGAUGGAGUUUUGGUUAAACAAGAGCACACAGCAAGGCUGCUCUUGCAGGCCAUUUCCCCCAAGCUUGAGUUUUGGGUUUUUCACUGUGCUUCGGGUUCAAAUGCCUGUAAAAAGUCUUGA